AUGGCAACAACACAACGCCAAGCCCGGGCCCGCGCGCUUGGCCGCGCUACUGCUUUUGCUGCCCGCGGCGAAGACAUCGAGCUGAGGGCGACGGUGACCGUGCCUGCGCCGACGACCACACCCGCCGGACGCCUCUCCCGCCGGACGCCUCUCCCGCCAGACGCCUCUCCCGCCCGACAUCCGAGAUCCGCCGCUUCGAACAGAACGCCGCUAGCCUCGAAUUCCCCUACGGCAAGCCCGCCUCUCGUGUCGAUAAUGGCUGAGGCAUCCUGGCCCAAGGAUGUGAAGCCGAAGUCGCUGAAGCAGCAGUAUACGUUGGCAUCUUCCCCUUUCACCUUCAACAACCAAACACAACCACACACACCACCAACCCAAUCACUCUCACCAGCAAUCAUGGUUUCCUUCACCAACGUUGUCACCGGUGUCCUCAUCGGCGCUGCCGGUCUCGUCAAUGCCUACUCCGGCGACAUGACCUUCCACCCCGUGCCCUUUAAGAACGAGGCGGGACAAACCGUUAUGCAGGAUGUCACCAGACGCCGCUGGCCGACCUCAGUCGGCUUAUCGUAUCUCGACCUCCGCCUCGGUGCCUGCGGCGGAACCAACGGUGCUGGUGACUUCAUCGUCGCCCUCUCUCAGUCCCAGUACAACGGCAAUUGCGGCAAGUCAAUCAAGAUCACCUACCAGGGCAAGACCGCCGUCGCCAAGGUCGUUGGCCUCUGUCCCGGCUGCGGUUCUGGUUCCAUCGACGCCUCUCCUGCCGUCUUCAACAGCCUGGCCAACCCUGACCUCGGACGCAUCCACGUCGACUGGGGGGUAGUCGACAACGCCAAGGUAACCAAAGAAGCCGACAAGCUCAAGACUCGGGGACCUUCACCACCGGACGGUACUCCGAACAUUCCCGUCGACUUCCGCUGCAACAGGACUCGCGUCGGCCAAUUGGUACAUCGGCUGCCCCCGAACACGAUCAACCCAAUCGCUACCGAGCAGUAUUUCUUAAUUGGCUGUCGUCGCCCGGGCUUGUGA